AUGCCGGGGAUCGACUACUCCAAGUGGGACAAGUUGAGCGACAGCGGCACCAGCAGCGGCACCGAGGACGAAGGGGACAGGGACGAUAGGGAGCACGAUGACAGCAGCAGACAUCCGCAGGUGACACGGCUGGAGUAUCCGUCUCGCGUGACAUUGGGCCCGAAUGGGGUGCAGAGGGAGCAAGCGCCACCCACAGCGUCAGCCAGUCCGUUUCGGGAGACGAGUGCACCGCCUAAGGAAACGCAUAACGGCAGUGUUGCUGUUGCAUGCUGCCCAAUUAAGGAGGAGUCUUCUCGCGCCGAACACGACACGGGAGCUCCAAAAGCCAGCAGUUAUUCUACCCGCAACACAGCUGGGAGACGGGAUGAUGAUCAGGAAUGCAUGGACGCCACUGAUGAUGACGAGGAUCUGCUAUACGAGAGCCUUGCCCGCAACGGCGGCCGGGAGGGCUCCCACCACUGGUGGACCCAAACCGAAGACACGGUAACUGUGAGCUUCUUGGUGCCGUGGGAGACUAAGGGCAAGUCUGUGACCGAGUUCCGUCUCUACGAGGCAUGCUCCACGACGGCGCCAGAGUCAGAGCUGCAUCAAGCUCACCUGGAAAUAACGAUUCUGGUGCCACCAGCGUGCCUGACGUCGGCGAGUGGCGGCCCGUCUGCCUCACCGGGGCCUCUCCGCAUACACGAAGUGUUCCGUUACCCCGUGAAGCUAUCCGAGGAUCUGAUUGACGGCUGUUGGCAGCUGUACUUUAUGCCUAAACGUCACCUGCGUCUCUUGGUUGUGCAGCUCUUUAAAGAAGCUGUCGGUUGUGGCAUGACGCUGUGGUGGGACCGCUGCUUUGUAACGGACACGACUUCCGUGAUUGCCGAUACGCCGGCCAUUCCAGACCGAAAGCGGCGGACGCAAGCGACGCCAGGGUUGAAGGAGAAGGCGGAGCAGUUCCGCAAAGUAUGGGCCGAUGCACACGAGGAGUUUCGGCGGCGUAUGCAGGAGCGCAAGCGCGAAAUCAGCGAGUAG